CCCUAUCUAAACAGUAGUACACUCAAAAACCCCCCUUUUAGUCUUCUUCUUCCUCGUUAGAUCUCAAACUCUCCAUUUCGUUCCUCCCUAUAAACCCUUUCUCACCCUUCUCAGAUCCGUUUCGCUUAACUCGGAAACUUCUUCGUAUCGGAGCGUUCCGAUCUCCUCCUCCUCCUCCUUGGGAUCUUGCUCGUUGAGCUUUAGUGGUGCUAAUAAUGGCGACUCCUUAUCCUGGAGCGAUGCAGGUUGGUUCGUACUUCGUGGGACAGUACUAUCAAGUGUUGCAGCAGCAGCCAGAUCUCAUCCACCAGUUUUACUCCGACACUAGCAAAGCCAUCCGCGUCGAUGGUGAUUCCAGCGAAACAGCUGAUUCUUUGCUGAAUAUUCACAACAUGGUCAUGUCACUGAACUUCACUGCCAUCGAAGUGAAGACCAUCAAUUCAGUUGAGUCCUGGGAAGGUGGCGUUCUCGUGGCUGUUUCUGGAUCCGUGAAGACAAAGGAGUUCAGCAACAGGAGGAGUUUCAUGCAGACUUUCUUUCUUGCUCCUCAGGAGAAGGGUUACUUUGUUCUCAAUGAUAUUUUUCAGUUCAUCAAUGACGGAACUCUCUCCUAUCAUCAGCCUUCUUAUUUGUCCGAGACCAAGGGGGACGAGGCUCAGCUCAAUCCUCCAAACUCUCAUCCUGAAGAACCCCAAGUUCCUGACUAUGUUCUGGAGCAAGAGGCGAGAGAUUAUGUGGAUGCUGUCCAAAUCAAAGAUGAUCCUGUAGAUAAGUACAGUCUGCAAGAGGACCAACAUCAUGAAGACUACGAGGAUGAAGUUGAGGAUGUUGAGGAAACACCUAGGGAGGAAGUUGUGGUUGAUGUGGUCCAUGAAUCUCGGGCUGCACCUCCAGAGGAACCACCCGUUGGUGAAAAAUCCAAGAUGAGUUAUGCUUCCAUUUUACGGGUUGCAAAGGAAGCAGCUGCGGCGCCUGUUGUUUCUACACAACCAUCACAUAACAGGAACUCUCAAGAGAUUAAUGAGUGGGAUCAACCACUGAUGACUCCUUCCCCUCAGGUGGCUGCGCCUCUUGCCCCUGUGCAGCAACCAUAUGUUACCGACUAUGGAGCAGAGGCGGAAGAUGGCUUCGGGUUUGAGGACUUUGAGAUGAAAUCAGUGUACGUUAGGAAUUUGCCUUCCGACAUAUCUGCUUCUGAAAUCGAGGAAGAGUUCAAGAACUUUGGUACAAUCAAACCUGAUGGUGUUUUCCUCAGAACCCGCAAGGAUGUUGUUGGUGUUUGCUACGCCUUUGUUGAGUUUGAGGACAUGACUUCCGUCGAGAAUGCUAUAAAGGCUUCUCCGAUAUACUUGGGUGGAAGACACGUAUACAUUGAGGGACGAAGACCUAAUCCCGCUGGUGUACGCGGAGCAAGAAGAGGAGGACGUGGAAGGGGUGGAUACCCAACAGAAGCACCAAGAGGCCGGUUUGGUUCUUCCCGAGGAAACCGGGAUGGAGGUGGUGACUAUAGGGCAAGAGGUAACGGUUACAACCGUGUUGGCCGCUAAGUAAGGAACAAAAGAAAAGCAGCUGGAAUCUCUCUUCUUUUAGUUUGUGUUUUCAAGGCUUGGACUCUCUUACACCUUCCUUUGAGAAUAGCUUUAGUUAUGUAACAUUUCAAUUUUUGUGUGUUCCUUUUCAUCAUUGGUUUGAAUUCGGAACUUCUUUGUGUUGCAGUUGCUUUGUUUGUCCUUUUUUAAAAAUUUAACUGUUUUGUCCAACUCUUGAGAGUUGAUUUUAGAGAA